GCGCACAGUAUUAAUCACCAAAUAAGGAAACUGUUUUUGGUGCCGUUUUGAUUGCUUUUGCAAGUUGGUUUCGCGUUCGGGGACGUCUUCUUGUUGAUCCAAAAUUCAUUUUGAAUUUAUACCGAAUAAAUCAAUUGUGUCGUUUUAGUUUUCGGGCGGUUUCCUUGCAGUAGUGUGUCCUUUUAGCAAUGGCAUAUUCAAAUAAGUUCAUCUAUGCGACACUUCCGCGAACGCAACGAGGUCAACCAAUUGUGCUGGGCGGUGACCCCAAAGGAAAGAACUUUCUCUACACGAAUGGAAAUUCUGUGAUUAUACGGAACAUUGAGAAUCCAGCAAUAGCCGAUGUCUACACGGAACAUUCGUGUCCUGUUAAUGUCGCGAAAUAUUCACCCAGUGGAUUUUACAUUGCUUCGGGAGAUCAAUCCGGAAAAAUUCGUAUUUGGGAUACUGUAAACAAGGAACAUAUUUUGAAAAAUGAAUUCCAACCAUUCGGUGGACCAAUCAAAGAUAUCUCAUGGUCACAAGAUAACCAAAGAAUUGUUGUUGUUGGCGAAGGCCGUGAGAAGUUCGGUCAUGUAUUUAUGGCUGAGACGGGAACUUCAGUUGGUGAAAUUAGCGGUCAAUCAAAACCCAUUAAUUCGUGUGAUUUCCGUCCAGCUCGACCAUUUAGAAUUAUCACUGGCAGUGAAGACAAUACCAUUGGUGUAUUUGAGGGACCACCAUUCAAGUUCAAGAUGACCAAACAGGAUCAUACACGCUUUGUUCAAGCCGUAAGAUAUUCGCCAAGUGGACACUUGUUCGCAUCGGCUGGUUUUGAUGGAAAGGUGUUUAUUUAUGAUGGAACUACCUCAGAGCUGGUCGGUGAAGUUGGUAGCCCAGCGCAUAAGGGUGGUGUUUAUGCAGUAGCAUGGAAACCAGACGGAAAGCAAUUGCUUACUUGUUCUGGCGAUAAAACUUGUCGCUUAUGGGAUGUUGAAACGCGUGAGUUAAUUAGCGAGUUUCCAAUGGGAACUGCAGUGGAAGAUCAGCAGGUGUCAUGCUUAUGGCAAGGAGAGCAUAUUCUCACUGUCUCUCUUUCUGGAUUUAUUAGUUACCUAGACGUAAACAAUCCCACCAAACCACUUAGAGUUAUCAAAGGACAUAAUAAACCAAUCACAGUCCUAGGAUUGUCCGAUGAUCGUAGUACAAUUUAUACAGGUAGUCAUGACGGUGCCGUUACCAAUUGGAAUUCUGGAAAUGGAGUAAAUGAUCGUGUGUCAGGAAAUGGACAUGGAAAUCAGAUGAAUGGUAUUUGCUCAUGGGGAGAUUUUGUCUAUACUUGUGGUAUUGAUGACUCCUUGCGACAAAUCAACAUUGAAGGAAAUAGCUAUACAGAUGCAGUAGUGAAAUUGAACUGUCAACCUAGAGGCAUUGCUAUAUUCAGGGAGCAGAAUAUAAUUGCUUUGUCAUGUGUAAAAGAAAUAACAUUAGUUCAGGACAAUCGUAAAGUGUUCUCGUUACCUAUUUCAUAUGAGGCUAGCAGCUGUGCUGCGAACCCCGAAACAUCGGAAUUGGCUGUUGGUGGUGAUGAUCAAAAAUUAAGAAUUUAUUCGUUGUCUGGAACAACUUUAGAAUUGAAAACGGAAUUGGAGCAUUUGGGUGCUGUGACUGAUUGUUCAUAUUCACCAGAUAAUAAACUAUUGGUGGCCUGCGAUGCUCAUCGUAAGGUCGUUUUAUAUGCAGUUCCAGAGUAUAAGUUGCCACCGCACAACAAAGAAUGGGGCUUCCAUAAUGCUCGUGUGAACUGUGUGGCAUGGUCGCCAAACUCGCUUCUAGUGGCAAGUGGAUCUCUGGAUACAACAAUCAUAAUUUGGUCGGUGACCAACCCAUCGAAGCAUACUAUCAUCAAGAAUGCCCAUCCGCAAUCUCAAAUCACGCGCUUAGUAUGGCUUGACAAUAAUACUGUGAUUUCAACUGGACAAGAUUGCAACACAAAAGUUUGGGAAGUUGAAACAAUAUAAAGAAGAAUUUCAUCGUGAAAAAGGCAGUACUUAACUGGAUCAUGAUAACACUUCUUAUUUGCCAACUGACAAAACACAUAUAUAAAAAUAUAUUAUGAGAAAGUUUUAAUGUGCUUCCUUCAAUAGCCGUUCACCAUCUUAUAAACCAUAAUAGACCGAAAA